AUGAAGCAUGAUUGUCGCAGUAUUUCGCCGCCGUCGUCAACGAGGCGUGUGCGCGCGAUUCGGAGACGAGGCGGUGACAGGGCGGUGACCUCCACCGGGCCGCGUCGGCAACACUUGCACUGGCUAGUGCCAGUAAUGCUCUCCGCUAUCCUCGCCGCCGCGAGCGUCGCACCGAUUGAGGCACAGGAUGAUGGCACGUUGAGCGACAAGGACGUCGCACCAGCAGGCGACGAGAUCAGCACAGCGCAAACGUCGCAGCCCGUCGCCAGUGGGUCGUCGGCGCUCUACAUCGUUCGCAUGCGAAGCGUGCCUCCCGUCGCCACGUACACAGGUGGCAUCCCCGGAUUCGACGCCACCGCGCCCGCCGCCACAGCCGCCGCCGCUGACGUCGGCGCGGGAAUCGCAAGCAUUGCACAGCGCGCUGGUCGUGCCGGGAAUCGACUGGCGCAGCGGCUUCCGCGCAUCGACCUCCGCCGGGGGCCAGCGCGCGCGUUUGCGCAGAUGCUGGGGCGGAUGCAGAAGCAGGUAGCGCGCGACGUCGGGCUUGCGACGAGCCGCGUGCUGUACAGCUACAAGUACGCGAGUAACGCCUUCGCCGCGGAGCUCACGCCUUCGCAGCUGCGAAAGCUACAGCGGCACCCGAACGUCGCUGACGUUGUCGCGAACGUCGCGAUGCGCAAGCUGACGACAGACUCGUCGGAAUUCCUGAAGCUGCCCGAAACGGCGUGGGCGAGCGCGGGCGGGCAGGGGAAAGCGGGAGAAGGCGUGGUGAUCGGUAUCGUGGAUACAGGCAUCUGGCCGGAGCAUCCGUCGUUCAGCGACAUGAACACAACCGCUCCCUACGCCGCGCGGCUGUCCACGUGGCGCGGCGUGUGCCAGACGACCGCGGACUUUCCGCGCUGCAACGGCAAGCUCAUCGGCGCGCGGUAUCUGAACGCGGGAUUCCGCGCCAUGACGGGCGCGCCGGAGAGCCUUACCGACGACUGGCUCUCCGCGCGCGACGCGGACGGGCACGGCACGUGGUGUGCGGGCCUCUGCGUUUCCGCGUUUGUCAGACGGCCCCACUCCAACCCCCCCUUCCCUUCCCCGUCCCUUCCCUUGCCCUCCCCUCUCCCCUUUCCCCCAUCCUUCGCCCUCCCCUUCCCCCUGUCCUCCCCCCUCCCCUUCCCCUCGUCCUUUCCCCCACCCCUCCCCCUCCCCUAUCCCCACUCCCUUCUCCGCACCAGCGCGGCAGCAGGCAACGCGGGCGUGACAGUGACCACAUCGCGCGGGCAGACCAUCGGCACAGCCAGCGGCAUCGCCCCGCGCGCGCGCCUGGCUGUCUACAAGGUGUUCUGGAGCAACGAGCAGUCAGGCGGCACCACUGCGUCAUUCGCCGACGUAGAAGCAGCGGUGAACCUCGCAGUGGCUGACGGGGUGGACGUGCUGAGCCUGUCGCUGGGCGGACUGGACAACUCUGCUACGUACUUCAAUGACAUCUCCUACCUCAAUGCCAACCUGGCGGGCGUGACAGUGGUGUACGCAGCGGGUAACAGUGGGCCUCCUCGGGACGAUCCCUCUGGAUACCGCACCAUCUCCAACUUCUCCCCUUUCUACCUCACCGUCGGAGCAAGCACCAUCAGCCGGCGCUGCGCAGCCAACCUCACUCUCGGAGACGGCACCAUCGUCACCACCAGCGGCUACGGCGCCGGAACCUCACCACUCACCUCCACGCCUCUCAUCGAAGGCUCCGCCGCCCGCCGCCCCUCCGUCUCCCUCACUCGCGCGGACCAGUGCAUGCCUGGCGCGCUCGACCCAGCUCUCGUCUCCGGCCGCAUUGUGAUCUGCUCCUAUGGUGGCAUGUCCACGGAGCAGAAGCUGAAUGAUCUCAGCAGCAAGGGCGCAAAAGCCGUGCUGCUCGUCAACAUCCCUGCGGCUCUCGAGCCCUUCACACCGUACAACGAGCUGCUGCCCCUCGCGUACCUCUCUGCUGGCGAUGCUGACCGGUUACGAACCUAUGUGCGCUCCACGGCCUCUCCUGUCGCCACGCUCGCGCCGACAUUCUCCCGCCUCUCCGCCCCCACCGCCCCCACGCUCGCCUACUUCUCCUCCACAGGUCCCGUCGCGAACCCCUACACCACCCCCUCCCUCCCCAAACCCACUAACGACAUCUUAAAGCCAGAUAUCAUCGGGCCUGGGGUGUCGCUGUGGGCGGCGUGGCGCAGCGAUUCUCUUUCCUCAGCGAGCAAGCCGUCGUUUGAAGCUAUUUCUGGGACGUCUAUGGCUACUCCGCACUUGGCUGGGAUCGCAGCACUUGUGAUACAAAAGUACCCCUUCUGGACCCCGUCUCAAGUCAUGUCCGCUAUUGUUACAACUGCAACCCGUACCAAUAUUGCUGGGGCUCCUAUUGGCACGCCGGCUGGAGUUACGGCCACACCAUGGGACAUGGGUGGGGGGCAUGUGAACCCCUCUCGGUUGCUGGACCCAGGGCUGACAUACAAUGCAGGAGCCACGGAUUAUUACAACUUCCUUGCAGGAUUGGGGCUUUCAAAGGCCAAGGCAAUGCUUCCGAAAGGAGUGAAACUGGCGGGAAUCAAACCCUACGACCUCAACAGACCCUCGAUCUCAGUGGGACGCCUUGUCAAAACAGUUACCGUUUCAAGAACCGUAACAAACGUUGCGAAUGCAAUGUCGACCUACACUGCGUCGGUUGUCGCACCGGCGGGUGUUGCAGUGGUGGUGAGUCCUACCAAGCUGGUGCUGAACAAGGGUGCAAGCGCCAUGUUCUCUGUGAAGCUCACUGUAACAGCCACGUCAUGGAACUUCACGUAUGGUAGUCUCACAUGGACAGAUUCUGCUGGGCAUUCUGUGGUGUCUGUGAUUGCUGUGCAACCCAUCAGCAAGUGA